AGUUGUCAAACGGUUUGACGCGUCAAUUUGAACAUUCCCCGAAGUUGUGCCUUCGGUGGUAGAUCGGGAAUGAAUUGGCUCUUUGAAAAAUUUCACAACAAUGUCUAGCUAAAUAACCAUAUCAACUUGGCAAGAAAAUUUAAGUUACUAUUAUAACGUACUUACCUGAGAGUAAAUUGUCUUAAACUGAACGCGUCCUGAUGGCUAGUUAACCUAGCUGAUAUCCCUAGCUCCCUGCUAGCGUAAUGUUACCUAACGCUGCAUAGCAAACUUGAAGCUAGCAGCUGACAAAAUUGCUAAUGCUGUCUUGCAAACUUUGAUAACAUUAGCCAAGCCACUCUGUCAGUUGACAGACUAGCUUGUUAACUCGACACACUUUACUAACAGUUCUUGACACCACAACUACGAUCCGAAGAAAAAGGAGACAUGGCGCGUCUUGUUGCCGUCUGUAGGGAAGGAGAAGAGGACUAUCAGUUCCUUGCACGUCAAAUACCACUCUUCAUCAAUGACACUUUAACAAUGGUGAUGGAAUUUGCAGACAGUGCCCUGGACCUGGACAGUCAACAAAUUAACGCCUCACAACUGAAGCAGUUUGUUCAGUAUCAUGCCAUGCUGAAGCAGCAGGACCUGAGCAUGUCCAUGAUGGUGACGUCCAGGGAGGUGUUCAGUGCCCUGUCACAGCUGGUGCCCUGCGUGGGCUGCCGGCGCAGUGUGGAGCGCCUCUUCUCACAGCUGGUGGAGUCAGGCAACCCAGCACUGGAGCCGCUGACCGUACGCUCCACCGGCGUCUUAUCAGUCACCAAGGCCUGCAUGGCGGAUGCCAAGAAGCUUUACACACUCUUCUAUGUCCAUGGGUUGAAAUUGAACGAUAUGAUCGAUGCCAUCCCUAAAAGCAGAAAAAACAAACGCUGCCAGUUGCAUUCCUUAGACACGCACAAACCUAAGCCUUUAGGAGAAGGAAUUGCAGACAGAGGUGUAGUGUUAGCUAAAGACAAUGGAGAUUCAACCAGGAAGGAAGUCAAAUGUAGCAUCCAGUAUCAAUUUGGACCCUUUCAGUCGCCGAACAGUGGAAGCUGGAUGGACGUGUGGGAACUGAUGUCUCAGGAGUGCAGAGACGAGGUGGUUUUGAUUGACAGUGCCUGUCUCCUGGAGACCCUGGAGACGUACUUGCGCAAACACAGGUUCUGCACUGACUGCAAGAACAAGGUGCUGCGGGCCUACAACAUCCUGGUAGGGGAGGUGGACAGCAGCAAGGAGAACGGCUAUUGCGCCGCGCUGUAUGAGGGCCUGCGCUGCUGCCCCCACGAGCACCACAUCCACGUCUGCUGCCAGACAGACUUUAUCGCACACCUCCUGGGCCGAGCGGAGCCCGAGUUCGCUGGCGGAUAUGAGCGCAGGGAAAGGCAUGCCAAGACUAUAGACAUAGCACAAGAAGAGGUGCUGACCUGUUUGGGCAUACACCUCUACGAGAGGCUGCACCGGAUCUGGCAGAAGCUGCGGGCCGAGGAGCAAACUUGGCAGCUGCUCUUCCAUCUGGGCAUCGACGCACUCCGCAAAAGCUUUGAGAUGGCGGUGGAGAAGGUGCAGGGCAUCAGCCGGCUCGAGCAGUUGUGCGAGGAGCUGUCUGAGGAGGAGAGGGCUAAAGAACUCAAGCAGGAGAAGAAGCGGCAGAAACGCAAGAACCGCCGCAAAAACAAGUGUGGCUUUGACAUCAUCGAGCCUGACACCGACUGCAAAGACAAGGAUCUGGACAAGGGUUCGACUGAGUCUGUGGAUGGGUCGUGUAAAGACUGCCGGAACGAAGAGGAGUCUGGGAGCUGUGGGGAGGUCACGGCCACACCCGAGGACUCCUCCUGUAGCUGCCCCGCAGUCUCCCUACUUGGUUCCCCCAAAGUUAAGAAAGGCACGUCCCCCCGCAGUAACGGAAGCGACUGUGGCUACUCGUCCAGUAUGGAGGGCAGUGAGACGAGCUCCAGGGAAGGCUCGGACGUAGCAUGCACCGAGGGCAUCUGCAACCACGAUGAAACGGGUGAUUACUCCAGCCACCAGUGCCUGGAGGAGAAGGAGGAGGACUGCGUGGACAGCUGCGUGGAGUGCUGGGCCAACUCAGAGGAGAGCCUCAAGGGCAAGAACAAGCGGAAGAAGAGGAAGAGCAAGGUCGCAGGCUUCGGGAGCGAACAGGCCACCAAGCCUGAGGGCUGCAUGGGGGACAGGAGAGGGACCACGGGAACGGGCCACAGCAUAACGUCCUCAUCGCACACCUGCCGGGUGAAGGACACCUGCACACAGCUGUGUCGCGACUCUGCACUUCAGCUGCCCUGGGCGGAGCACGGGAAGAGCCCCUCUGGAGGCCCGCCCCCAAGCCUUAUGGAGAUGCUGCAGGAUGAACCAGAAGUAACUUCGGACGAAGAGAAUUGUCUCACGCAAGACGAAAUCCAGACGUUUGUGGAAAGCAACAAGUCCUUCAUGAGCAACAGGAAUCAGUACAGACAGCACUUGAAGGAUCGCUUCACUAAAUACUGCCGCACCAACGAGCAGAAUAAGUCAGUAUGCAGCGCAGAAUGGUUUUCUACCACCAGCGUCAACUAAAAAAAAAAAAAACACAACACACACCUUAGAGAAUUUAUCUUUUUAUGAAAUCGAAAGGAAAAAAACCCUCACUAUUACUACUGCUGCAAUGCCUUUAAAGGAAAUAGACACAAAAUGUGAAUUGAAAAUGUAAUUGAAUGGAAGAAAAAAAGACCGUUUUAGACACUCAUUCUUGUUCUGUUUAUGGUUUCGCGCUACAAAAAAAUGAAAGUGAUUUUUUUUUUUUUUUUUUUUCUCAUUGUUCAGAAUCCUUUUUUCACUUUUUCACGUUCCAAAUCAACCCACCCCCUGCUAUUUGAUUUCCUCCCAUCAUUUCCAUCCCCCUUCCCACCACAUCUCUUCAUCUCCUCCACACCUGACCAAACCCCAUGUUUUUCUCAAGUUCAGGGUCACUGGGUUGGCGGAAGAUCAAGCUUGUAAAGCCGUAACUAGGUUUUAGAUGCUGAUUAGACAUGUUUUUUUUUGUUCUUUUUUUCCUCCUUUCUUUGUCUCACUGCCUGUGACAUGUUGGUGGCAAUGGAUUUACCAGUAAAUGUGUACAGAAAUUAUCUGAAUAUAAAGACUUUACUGAGGAAAAAAAAAUAUCAUCCAUGUGUUAGCACUUUGGGUGUAAUGGGUGUACAUGUGGAUGUAAUGAUGAGCGCAAUGUGCAAAAUUUGCAAAAUAAAGAUAUUUAUUAAUAUGCAAA